GGCAUGGACCUCAAAGCUCAGUCUUGUUUUGACGCUUACACUGUACACACGUGUGCUUAUCAAUGUUGUGAACAUUGCAGUGAAGUUUUGUGUUUGUUAUUGACUGUUUUUAAACUGAUUUUUUGUGAACCAGCCCAGGACUAGCUUUUUUAUGGAUUACCACUUUCGAUUAGAGAGCAGUCAAAUGCAAGUCGCACCGCCAACCAGCGUCAACCUCUCAAUGAGUGGAUACCCUAAUAACAUGAUGGCAACUAAUCCAGCUCCAGCCAUGCCAUGGCAAUAUAAAAUUCCGAAGGAAGAGCCGAUGGAUGAUCGCGACGACUCCGGCAUUAAUUCCGGCAUCUCAUCCCCGGCCAGCGAUAGCAGCCAGGAUUUGAUGAACCCCUAUUCGCCGCAGUCGGGACCGGCCGCCAACGCAAUGAACGGCCAAUAUUCCCCGCCCCUGUGCUUACCCGACGGUAGUGCCCAGUUCCACACAAGGACCAGCGCCCCUAUGGACACAAUGUACCAAAUGCCCGCCGCAAGACCGCCUUACUAUUCCACCCCGGUGCCAGCCAAAAGCACCUACCCCACAAACUUGCUCACUCCUCCAAUCUCUGAACCUUCACGGGAUAUUAAAGAAGAGUCAGAACCCGAAGGUGACGUUAAUGAAGAUGCUCUAAGGCACCUCCAACGUGCCUUCGGCCAGAACUCAUUCCAUUCGGCUGAGGCCCCCAAAAGCGGCGACGAAUCCAAAUCAGAUGAAGACUCGAAAUUGAAAACUCCCACGAAAAGCUCCAACAAAAGGAAGUUAGUGAAAUGCAGACAUUGCUCCGAAACUUUCACAUGCAAGGAAGACAUGUGGGAACACUACAGAGUCCACAUCAAGAGCGAAAAGCUCCUCGCUUGCCCACAUUGCCCCUUCGUCACCGAAUACAAACACCACUACGAGUACCACAUCAGAAACCACGACGGAAGCAAGCCCUACAAAUGCGAGGAGUGCUCCUACGAGUGCGUGAGCAAGUCCAUGUUGAACUCCCACAUGAAGUCGCAUUCCAGCGUCUACCAGUACCACUGCAGGGACUGCAACUACGUAGCCAAAUAUUGCCACAGUUUAAAGCAACACUUGCGCAAAUACAGCCACAGACCCGGCGCCGUUUUGAACCCGGACGGCACGCCGAACCCCUUCCCCGUCAUCGACGUGUACGGCACCAGACGCGGGCCCAAAGUCAAGAAGAUCAUGGGACCCAAAAACGAAGAACCGGAGCCCAACCAGCAAGUGCCACCGCAGAUGCCUUUGAUGAACCAGCUCAUGAUGAACCCGACCCAGCUGGGCAACUUCCCGUUGCUGCCGCAGAUACAACAGAUGCAGCAGUUCUUCCACCCACUAUUGGGCGCUUUGUCGCAGCAAAUGAUGCUGCAGAACUUGGAGCGGUUGGCCCGGGAGAGGAACCUGUCCAACUCCACGGACGAGCCCGAACAAGACGCCACGAUGGCGGUUCCCAAAAUGGAGGAACAACAACAACAAGAGGAGCGGCAACAGCAGGACGCCGGCUCGGAGACGGACGAGUCCGGAGCGUUGGACCUGAGCAAAACCAAGUCGGGCACGAGCCGCCGCAAGGGGCCGGCCUUCAAGCUGUCGCCGCACAGGAACGACACGUCCGACGAAGACGACGAACAGCUGACCACGAUGUUCAGCAACGUGGAGGUGGUGCAGAAUCGCGAGGAAGAGCCCGAGAAGCCGGUGAAGGAGAGCGAGAAGGAGAACACGGAGUGCCAGUACUGCGACAUCGACUUCCGCGAUCCGUUGCUCUAUUCGUUGCACAUGAGGUUCCACUCGGGUCCGGAUCCGUUCACCUGUAGCAUGUGCGGCGAACACCAUCCCGACAAGCUUAGGUUCUUCUUGCACAUCACGCACAAGCCCCACUAAAAUGUUUAUUUGAUGACAAAUAUGUGGAACAUUUUGUAUAGAGACAACAUAAUUUUAUAUGUUUAUUUGCGAAUUAUUUGCGGUAUAUUGAAAACUAGAACCCAGUCAACGGACUGGCUAGUCAUGCUUGUGAUUUAGGUAUUUUUAUGUGCAAUUUUAUCUGGUUCUAGUUUUCAAUAACUCAACAAAAUUUAUUUUGCUGAUUGUUCAUUCAUAAUAUUAUUGUGUUUGAACAAUCAACAAUUCUUUAUCGUUUUGAAUGUUUUAUUUAUUCCUCCGUAAAUGUAUUUAUGUUAAUUGUAGUUUAAAACAUUAUUUAUAAGUUUGUGUGUUUGUAAUCGUAACCAAAAAUGAUUCUAGUUGUUAAGAUAGGUUUUAUCGAUAGGGACCAUUCAAGACUGAUUUUUGUAGCGAAGAGGGUGAGAAUGACCGAACUAAAAUGUUUUCGUAUAAGUCAUGUAUAUAUGUUUUGAAUCUAGAUCUGUUGAGGAAAGCAGUAUUAAUUUAAAAUAUUUUUAUUAAUUUAGUCUUUAGAAUUAGUACCUUUGUAUUUAGUCUGUCUUCAAUUGUUUUCGUAUUUUUUUUAAUACAUUAUGUUUUAUAAACAUUUCUGAGCGGAAUCAAAAUUAAGUCAAGUAUUAAAAUAUAAUUUUAAGUAUGGAUGAAAUAAAGAGGAAAUUUAUACAUAUA